UGUAACACAGGUGAAUAUGGAAUAUAUAUUUGAAUCCAUGUAUAGAGGUUAUAUUUAGAGUUGAAAUUUCAUGUUUAUUCUGUUUUGGUUAUAUUACACGACUAUCUAGAUAGUUUCAUGAUUGAUUUGAGAAUGUGCUGUAAUCAGACCGGUUCCAACUAAAGAUAUUAAUCACCAGAAAACAAAAGCAGUCUGUGUAAAAUGGCAACAAGCAUUGCUGCAUGCGAGGAAGUUCUCGCAUCAAACGUCUCAGCAUGUGAGGAAGUUCCAAACAGUCAUUUAAAAACAAUUUCUAUCGACCAACAAGAAAUACAUUCAAAAAAUUCGUACAUAAAAGAAUAUUGUGAAUGUUCCAAUAAUAUGGACAAGUAUACAUCAUUCUGUAUAAAUCACGACUGUCCACUUUGCAACCAAUGUAUUAAGAAACAUACCGGGUGCUGUGAUGUCACCCCUUUAGAAGAUGUAAUUUCAAACGUGAAAGGAUCCGAGGGAUUCCAAGACAUACUUCAAUCACUGCAAGAGUUGGAAGAAAAUUUACAGGUGAUAAAGAGUGAAAAGGAAAAGAACAUUAUAGAAAUUGCAGAUCAGAGAAGAAAAUUUGAAGAUGAAAUUCACGAGAUACGAAGAAAGGUAAAUGAUCAUCUUGAUGUUUUAGAAAAACAAAUGCUAGACGAGCUGAAUGAAGCUGAAAAUAAAGAAAGUAAAAUUAUCCGAGAAUCAAUACAGAAAAUUGGUCAAAAUGUUGUAAACGUACGUGAAAUGUAUACUGCUCUUUUUACCAUGAAACAGAAUGCAUCAGAUCUACAAACUUUCCUUGAAAUGAAAAAUGUCCAAAGUCAACUUUCUCAACAUGAAGAUUUCCUUCAGACUAUCAACUUGAAGGAAACGUUUAUUGAAUGUUUUAUUCAGCCUGAGAUAAGUGAUCAUUUUCGAAAUAUUCCUAGUCUAGGCUCGGUAACAGUGCUUUCGAGGUCAAGCAAUGUGAAAAUCUGUAGAAAACAACACGGACAAGCACAAGUAAUGAUGUCACCGUAUUUAUUAUCAAUUAGAAAUAUAAAACCAAAGUUUGUAACCGCUUUAUAUAUACAGGACAUGCUUCCAAGUAUUUCUGGUGUUUGUGUAACCGAGCGAGAUGAAUACAUCUUCACUUGCCAGGAGACAAAUGAGAUUAUGUUACUUCAAAGUAAUGGGUCGAAGAAAUUUCUAAUUUCACUAAAAUCGUCUGGUGCUUUUGAUAUAGUACUUCUCAGUGAUACAAUUGCUGCUGUUACUUCAGGUGAUAAAAAGAAACAUGGCAUAACUCUUGUAGAUAUAAGUUUAGGAAAAUCUACAAAAUUUAUUAAACUUCCUGGCCAAUCAUACGGCAUAACAUCUAACGAAGAAUACUUAUUUGUUGCCAUCAAAGGAAAAGGUAUUCAAAUGUUGAAUAAAGAAAACCUUAAACCUUUAGAUAUCAUCCGUUGCGAAAUUACUGACGGGUCCUAUAUAGAUGAAUACAAUGGUAUCAUUUACAUCACAAACUCCUCGGAAAAUAAAGUAUUGUGUUGCGAUAUGAAUGGUGUUGAAAAAUGGGUAUUCAACAGGGAUGAUAUUUUGAAAGAACCAUACGGGAUCGGAGUUGAUGGAAGAGGAAAUGUGUAUGUUGUAGGUGGUGGUACCCUAAACGUUGUUGUCUUAUCACCAGAUGGUUCACAACAUAGACAAUUAAUUUCAGACAAAAGACUUCGUUUGACAUUACCUAGAGCACUUUCUUUUGAUAGAAGAAGAAAACGAAUUAACUUUGCUAACGAAAAAAAAUUUGUAUUUGUUUAUAACAUAGAAUAUUAAAAUGUUGAUGCAUAUCCCAUUGAUAGGUCGGUGUCAUCAGUCUUUAUGCUUUUGCUUGACAAAAGUAUUCUUUUAAAUCCGUCCUUUCAUGUGUGAAUCUUAUUAAACAGUGGUAUAUAAUUCACUACAUUCUUCCAAGUGCCAAUCAAGAUGUUUUUUUCUUCAAAGUCAUAUACUAUUUAAUAGAAGACAACACAUUAAUUCAAACCCAAUCACACCUUAUAGAUAAUGGCUUUACUAUAGGUAGUAUGUAAAUUAUGUGUGUCUUUGAAGACAAAAGAUCAGCUCUUGGAACAUGUCACGUCAGUUAUGCGGUUUACUGGGAAAAUACGCCGGCAACAUAUAAAAUGUAUAAUACAUUAUGUGACAAACCCGACAAAUUCAUCAUGUAUAUAUUGUGGGAUAUAAAUAUGUUAUACAUCAUCAUAAUCAUACUGAUGAAGGAUAUCUGUGAACCGAAAUAUUUAUAGAAACUUACAUUAAAUUUUAUUGUUAACUAUU